GGGUGUGCGCGGGGGGCUGGCAGGGCUGGGGUCCGGGCGGUGCCGGGGGUGUCGCCCCGGUGGCGCUGCCGCCGCGUUCCGAGCCGCUCGGGGGAUGCGGAUGGCUGUCCCUGCCUCCCGGCUGUGCUCUGCGCCUUCCCGGAACGGUGCGGCGGUGCCGUGAGGUUGCGGUGGUUCCCAGGCAGUAAGGUAGCAGGGCUUGUGGUUUUUAAUUGCUCUGCAGCCCCCCAGACUGCGAGGCAAGCAGCUUUGCAGGAAUGCCUGCGAGGAGUCGUGAUUUACACCCUGGUUUCUGAUAGCCCCGUUGACGUAAGGGAUGGUUCUGAGCUGCUAAAUGUGUAUCCCCAUCAGCGGAGGGUCAGCACCCUAAGGGAGAGCUGUGCAUGCUGUGUGUUGGUUUGGUGCUGCCUUCAGUCCCUGCAGCGUUAUAAAACAACCUGCCUUUCAGGGGGAAAGGUGUAGGCCCAGUCCAUGGCCAAAGGAAACUUUCUGGCACAAUUACAUUAAGAGAUGUCCAUGUAUCGAUAGAUGAGUGAACUUGAGGGGAAAUGCUUCCUGUCUUGAAGACAGAGCAGUGAAACUCGCAGCUUGUUCACCAUUUCUACAGCUUUCAUCUCUGUUCUUGGUUGCCUCAGCUGCAUUUAAAAAACAGUUCUGGUGGGAACACAUAGAUUUCUCACUGUGGAUUAUUCUUUUCUCCAAGGAAAGUCACGCCGUGCCCUCCCCAUCCUUAGAUGUGAGGCCGGAGCAGCUCCUUUCCCGCUGUGUGCUGUUGUCAGCCGGGGAGGCUGCUCCCCUUUAGGUGGGCACUGCCAGGCUGUGGCACUCAGGGAGCCGGGUCUCCUCCUUCAGCGCUGCCCUUGGGAUGCCCCAGUGAAAGGAGGGAGAAGGGCUUGGCACCUGUCCCUCUCUCAUCCGCUCAAGGACAGCUGGCAUGGGGUGGAAGUGGAUCCUGAGCUCUGAGAGCUGCUGUCCUGAGGCAGAAUGGCUCCUCAGCUCACCCUGGGGAGCUGCAGUCCUUACCCUGCCUUGGGCUGUGCUGGUUGGGCUCCCUGCUGAUGGAGGUGCCUUGUUCCUUUGCUGUGUCCCAAGAACACAGAUCUCUCUGGGAACAGAGAUCCAAAGAUAACACAGUACCUAAAAUUGCAAGCUUCAACUGGGAUUUUCCAUAGCUUGAGUGUGGAAGGUCAGAAGAAGACUCCUCCUCCUUCAGCAGUAGCAUGCCCAUAGUCUUCCUGGCCAAUGAUUCUUCUACAGCAAGCAGGACUUCUUCCUCAUCCUGAGAAGCCUUCAUCCCUUCCUAUGUCAGUGGCUACAAGGCCAAGAGCCAGCUCACCACUGUCCCCACCAAAGUCUCUCGGACUGGGGCCUUCCUUUCAUCACACACAAGAAGAGGAACUUGCCAAGGUGGUGGAGCAGGACCCUAUGCUGGAGGAACUAUGUAAGCCCCUGUGCUGUAAGCUUUGCAAUGUCACUCUGAAUUCGGCCCAGCAAGCCCAGGCUCAUUACCAGGGUAAAAACCACAGUAAGAAACUCCGGAAUUACUAUGCUGCCAACAGCUGUCCGGCACCUGCCAGGAUGAGUAAUUCUGUUGAGCCUGCCCCACCUCAGGUUGUCUCCCUUCCAACUCAGAUGGGAUCCAGUAAACCAGGUGGCAGAGUGAUCUUGGCUACAGAAAAUGAUUACUGCAAGCUUUGUGAUGCCUCAUUUAGUUCUCCGGCUGUGGCACAGGCUCACUACCAAGGGAAAAAUCACGCCAAGCGGCUGCGUCUUGCAGAGGCACAGAAUAACUCAUUCUCGGAUGCCUCAGAACUAGGCAAACGAAGGGCAAGGAAAGAAGGGAAUGAAUAUAAGAUGAUGCAGAACAGAAGAAACAUGUAUGCGGUUCAGAACAACACAGGUAACCCAGGCUUUUCUGUUGGCUCCCCAGGUCCCUACUUCAACCCCCGCUCGCGCCAGCGGAUCCCCCGUGACCUGGCCAUGUGCGUGACGCCCAGCGGCCAGUUCUACUGCUCCAUGUGCAACGCGGGCGCCAGCGAGGAGCUGGAGUUCAGGCAGCACCUGGAGAGCAAACAGCACAAGAGCAAAGUGUCCGAGCAGCGCUACAGGAACGAGAUGGAGAACCUGGGCUACGUCCAAUGACGCGCCACCCUCGGUAGUAGUUUGCAACUAGAGCAGCUUGUCUCUCGCCUGCUGUUUGCCACAUGCCCUGCUUUGUGCUCCAUUGGGUAGGAGUAUGCUCUCGAGCUGUACAUGUAACACCUGCAAACUUACUGGUAUGGUUAGGUUUUUUUUCUGUCAUAGUCGGCAGGAUGACGCUGUGCAGGACAUGAAGUGUUUUUGGUGUUUGUUUGCUCAUUAUCUAAGGCUCUUCGUUGUGUUGAGUGGCGGGGAGGAACUGUGUCUUCUCCCCAGCCUUCUGCAUGAAUAUGCAAAGCCCAAGAAGUGCUGGAAACUUCUAUGGUCCUACCACAUGGGUGGACCGUGUGCAAAGCCCACUCCCCUCUUGGCACACCACAGAGCAGUGCUCCAGAAUGCUUCCCUACAGCAGACUGAAUCUCUGGGCAGCUUGUAAAAGAGGGGAAGGAGUAGGGCCUGUGAAUGUGUGAAUUAGGUGGUGUACUUGUCCACACUUUGCUGCUUCUGGCCCCCAUUACAGUCCAGAGUAGGUUCUUUCCACAUCCUUGUAGAAAGGCUCUGCAUACCUCUUCUCCUUGGAGGAUCUUGCCUCUUACUGCUUCCUCUGCGAUGCAGAUUCCAUUCUGAACGUCUGACAUGGAUUUCAGCUGAUUAGCCCCAUUCAGAAAUACUCUUCUACUCUUGAUAUUGUUGCCUGAACACCUUAAUAUACCAUGGGUGUAGCUCAUCUCCCUGAAGAGAAUCUCUGGGGAUCUCAGUGGCUUAAUGAAGUGAACUGGAAAGCAAACCUGCUCAGGUGAGAUGUGCUGUGCUCUGAUUCUGCCUUAGACUGAGUCAGGUUGAGAAUAGAUGGAAGGAGCCAUCAGCUGUGAUUUCUUUGCAUGUUGAUGUACAAGAGAGCAAGAGUUGGUCUCUGGCCUGCAGUCCUUGCUCUGGAAGAGGAGAGCUGCCUGGACUCUGGGUAGCAGAUACUGGUGUGUCCCACUUCCAUGCCAUUCCCUGGGCAAAGCCUAAUGGGUGUUUAUGGAGCAAAGAUGAAGCUUCUAGCUUUGAACUAGAACUACCAGUAUUGGUUGGCUUCCCCCCCCUUCUUUCUUUUUCCAUCUCAGGAUGGGUUUUAAUUCUAUUCCUUGGUGUAUACUUGACUGUUCUAGGGACCAUCCAAAAAUCCAAAGUUAUGUAGGAUUUAAAUGUGAGGGUGAUGAUUGUUUGAGUAACAGCUUUGUGGCCUCAUGGAAGUAUUCAAGAAACUUGUUAAGCAACUUUUGAAUUGUAGACAAACUCAGAAGGUGUGUGUGUUUGUUUUGAUAUUCCUUAGCAGAAGUAGGAAGGGGAAAAAGAGCAGAAGUAGGGCUGUCAAUUAUUCUUCUGCUUGUUUGGGUAGAUAUGAGGAGCUGUGAUUGGAGUCCAGUUCACAGUGUCAUUAAAACAUGGUCUCCAGUGGCAAGGGCAGCGUGUAGGUGGCUUUUGUUGGACCUGAUCCCCUACUGUGCUGCUGGAACUGUGCACUGGUGUAGCUUCACUGACUUCAGUGGCAGGUGCAGAGAGAGGGUCCAGGAAGCACCAUGGCUCAUCUCUCACCCCUCUUCAGGCAGCUGGAAUUAGAUGCAGCUCCUUUAGUUUCAGUAGGAUUUUAGCAGGGAUGAAUUGUACCUAGUGCAUAGUGUUGAAGGUAGUUCCCCCCCUCCUUUUAUUGCCAUUCUGAUCCUGCCUCUUGCAUUCCAGAAGGACUUUCUGCUUGCCUUAAAAAAAUGAAGAAUGAGUAACAAAAAAAAAAAAAAUCCAGAUAGUCUUUAUUCAUCUUCCUAGUCCACCUUCAAAAGGUCUGUUGCACUUGGCUGCUCCUCAGAAAUUGACUUAUUGUUUUCUUCAGCUCCCUGAGUGAACAUCAUACAACCUGAAUGCAGCUUUCCUAAAUCCAGGCAAGGUGAGUGCUUGCGAAGUAGUUGAAAACAACCCCCUAGAUCAUUCUAUGCUGAUCCUUGCCCUGCAGAUAGAGGCAGAGGAAUAGGUGUCCUCAUGAACGGGAUUCCUUCCCCUCCUUUGUGCAAAACUCAGUUAAAUGGGGUUUGUGCCCUGGAGCAGGUGAGAAAGUAGAACAGGUGCCCAGGUUGUAGAGCACUCACUGAACAGUUAGGACAGCUUUGUAAGUCUGUUUCUCCUGUGCUUUCCUGCCUCUACCUCACCCUCUGUGUAGCCUUGGAGAACAUUUGCCUUUCCAGAAUCUUUCAUCAGCCUUUCCCCCUCAUCAGUUGUAUUGACAGAAGGGCUCUGGUUUUCUCUUUGUGUCCUGUCCUUAGGUUAGCCAGUCUGACACCACUGUCCAGAGGGACAGAGGGGGUUAGAUGAGCCUUACCACAAUGUGCUUCAGCACAAUGAUCCCUGCAUCGUGGUUAAACAUCCCUCUGGCUGUAAAUUAAAGCAUGGCAUUUCCUACAGGCUGCAAUUAGUAGCAGAAAAACAACCCUUGGUGAAAUAUGAGCUGGAGGAGCUGUAGGUACUGCUGUGUCUGACUUAUUGCUUGGGAUGAGGAGGCAUUUUUGCCUGCUUUCACAUGCCCCAAAAAUCAGCUGUUCUCCACUUAUCUUUGGUUACUGCUCCUACUCCCAGCCCAGCCAUCUGCUUCUCAUUUGGCAUUUCCAGUGACUGCUGGAGGUGUCAAAACCUGGUUUGCUCCAGCUGUGCAGAUGUGCCACAGCUCAGCCAUGUGCUGGUGCUUUUGUGAGGUUGUGUGAGGAAUGUGCAGGGGGCUGUUCUUCCAGGCUCCUCUCUGCUUGGGGCUGAGUCUGGUUUGGAGUAGUGGCUUCGGUCUGCCCUGAGCAGAGAAGCCUGAAUUUGCUUUGUUCUGUUCAGUGCAAGUAAAUGUGAUCAUCCUGGUGAUUUCAGAGUGGUGGCUUGUAGAGCAGGUGUACAGCAGGCAGUGGGACUCAAGUGACAAGGCAGGACAGAUUUCCUCCACAGAAGGAAAGAUGUCUUGCUGGGAGAAGCAGCUGAGACUCACUUUGCCCCAGUGCUCUGUUGUGGCUCUUCCUGCAAGCUACCAAAGCUUUCCUCUCCCUCUUCAGCAUUGCAUAAUGGCUUGUGAUCUUCCCUCUCCCCUUUCAGCAUAGGAAGUUGCUGACUGCAAAGAGAAAACACCCAACCUCCCCAUUAUCCCUAGGGUUCAGGACAAUCCAAACUCACACUUGUCAGCAUUAGAUACUGAGUAGAUCCUGAUUUUAUUUCUUUUUGUGAAAGGUGUUCUCCAAACCACUGUUCAAAAAACACUGAAAACAAGUUCUGGGCAAACCCUUUUGAUGUGGGUGGGCUGGGGAGAACACUGUACAGCUGAAGUGCCAUUUUCCAGACCCAGUUAAUCUUUUUCUCAUGUUAAACCAAGUACCAAACCCAAGAAACAGGACUUCUGUGAAGCUGUCACAUUGGCCAGUAGGUUAAUGACCUUUGCUGCUAGAAACAAAAUGUAAAUCAAUAUGUUCAUAUUUAUUUUACUGUGCUGACCACUAAUUGAUUUGUUAAUAUUUAAGGCAUUAUGCUGUAGGUUGUUUUUAAGUGGAAAAAUGCUACAUCGCACUUUGCUUUUGGAUCAGAACAACUAUUUAUUGUAUUUGUGAAAAUGUUUUUCCUCCCACAUAGCUAUUGUUUUCUUUCCCUUGAUGCAAAAAACCCAACAAAACCCAAACAGGAAAACCCACCCCAAAUCCCCCCAACCAAAUCUGACCCAUGGAUCUUUGUUUCGUCUCAUGCUAAAAUGGGGAUUUCCUUGCAACUUUUUAUUAAAUGUCAAUUUCCAAUUCCUUUUUCCUCAAAUGAUUCCUUGCUAACUCGGGAUGUUAUUUUUAGAGACAAAAAGUUCAUGCCUCAUUUAAACAUUCAUUACUUUCAAGGCAGGGAAGUAUAAACCAUGUGGAAUCCAUGAAGUUGUGAGGAGUACGAAAGUCAUACAAUUUUGUUUGUAUUAGGCAUUAGCUUUUGUUUUGCAUUCUGCACUAAUAAGUAAAUCUGUUAUAAUCUUGCCUAACCUUGGUCUGGUUUUGACUUUUUGCUUUCUUCAUGCACAUUGAAAGGAGCCCUGAAAACUUCUGUGGAGUUGCUUAGGAUGGUCAUCAGUGUAACAAAAAGCAGAUUUUUUUCUGUAAAGCUGCUUAUUUCCUUUCCUAGAUGCCCAUUAUGGGGCAUUAGAAGGGAAGCUAUUGCCAUAAGCAUGGAUUCAUAUUUUAGCUUACUAAUGCUUGAUGUCCCUUUGCUACAUUACUUAAGUGAUGCUCUCACUGUAACCAAUGGGAAUCUUGCCUGGGUCAGGAAUAAAUGAAAUACCCAGGGCAAAGAUAUUAUGUUGGCUGGGGCCAGGCAAGGUACAUUGCUAAGUUUGUCAUUUACUCCUCCAUUUGGAUUACAACACUCUUAUGGUUUUGCUUUUUGAGGACCAUUUAUCUGGUCCUGUAAGGAUUUGGUCUUGAUCCAGCUAAAAUAGUUUGAAGUACCUUGACUUCAGUUGAGUUAGGAGCAAGGCUUGAAAACCUUCAGGAAUUUCUCACUGCUGAUGUUUUAUAUGUGUUUUUUGUUUUGUGAUUUUUUUUUUAAUUUUACAACCACAUAUACAAGGAUGCUCUGGAUGAGAUGGAGAUCUGUUGCUGAUUAUGGAAAAACAAAUGCCAUGGUUGCCAAAGGAUAACAGAAAAUGGAGAAAUAUGGACCUGGUUUCUUUGAAGCUAGUGGCUAAGCUUCUUUUAUUUUGGGUUGGGCUUACCACCUGCGUAAAGUUGGAAGGGAAAAUACAAUCCACUUUGAAAUAAAUGUGGUCAAACAGUAGUUCUGAGAAUCUCUCCUUUAAAAAAUGUAUCACAGCUAAAAUUGCAUUGGCUUACCUGAAAUAUCUGCAGGUAAAGACAGAAUUGAAUUUUUAAAAAUAAAAUCAGUUUUUCAGUUUGUAUUUUGCAGAGGAAAAAUUACUUGAUUUAAUAUCCUUCUGCAUCUGUCCAGCAAGACUAUUUGCAAGAGCUUUGAACUUAUUUCAUCUAGAGCCUUCUUGUCAGGUUGUUUUGUACAUUUUUCCUUAUUUCCUUUAUAUUGUACUGACCCCCGUGAGGGAAUACUUGAUGAGAAUGAUUUUUUUUUUCUUCAUUAUAUAAUAAACCAUAUUG